CACUACAGGAAGGAUGGCCCGGACCACCCUGACAGGUAGGGGGAGAGAAGCGGGUGGCGGCGACGGCCUAUGGCACCGCAAAAGCCACUGCAGUGCAUUGAUUUAAAGCGCCUGCUUUAAAUCAAUGAUAUGCAGCGAUGUCGCGGGGGGGAUAGCGAAAUAGCCGAUAACUUAUACCGAUAUUCCUGUAUAAGUUAUCGGCUAUCGGCCCUAACCUCCACCGAUUAUCGGUAUCGGCCGUAAAAAAAACGAUAUUGGUCGAUCCCUAGUAUAUAGGUUUGAUUUUGUUUUACUUCUGUUAAAAAAUUAUAACUUUAUGCACAAAAAUUAGUAGGUUUAAAUUUUCCUCUUCUGACCCCUAUAACUUUUUCAAUUUUUCCAUAAAUGGGGCAGUAUGAGGGCAACAUGAUCUGAAGUUUUCAUCUGUACCAUUUUUGUUUAGAUGGGACUUUUUGAUCGGUUUUCAUAAAUUUUUACAAAGUGACCAAAAAUACGCAAUUUUGGACUUUGGUAUUUUUUACGUAUACGCCAUUGACCGUUUAAUUAAAGAUUAUAUUUUUGUAGUUCGGACAUUUGAGCACAUGGCGAUACCACAUGUUUAUUUUUAUGGAAUUUGAGAAAACGGGGGUGUUUUAAACUUUUAAUAAGGAAGGGGUUAAUGUGUUUUUAUAAUUUUAUUUAUUUAGAAAAAAUUUUUAAACUUCUAUUAAACCUUUUUUGUUGUUUGUUUUUACACUUUAUCAGCUAAAGACCGGCAGGUAUGGUGCGGGCUCGCAUCGGGAGCUCGUGCCAUACUCUGUUAACCGCACAAGGAUGUGUAUACACGUCCUUGGUUGUUAACCAGUUAAACGCCGCUAACCUAGAGAAGGAAAUAUAAAGAGUAAAGACCCCUUAUAAUACCCAACUGUGUUGGCAAGAAAACAGGUCCCAACCUUGCCAACUAUAUACAUUUUCUGUAUUUUGAAUAAGCGACUUAGGAAUUUAAGGGGUUAAACACCGUUGGGCCAUUGACUUAAAGAAGUACCUGCUGCUGGGACCAAAAAACGUCACACUGCCGCUCAGCCUAUCGCCGGCCGAGGCGGGACUUUGCUGCGGCUGGUGAUUGGCUGAGUGCAGUAUGACUCGCUGACCACCGGCAAUCAGGAAGAGGAUCGCCGCUUAGGCCGGAGCGGGUUGCCAGAGGAAUCGGGGGAGUGAUGGAAAAUGUCAGAAAAGCAGUUAAAAGAAUCAUUUGUAAGAAACCUCAAUGGAACCAGCAUCACAGAGAUCACAUUAGGCUUAAGUAUAACCCCUCUUUGCAUUCUUUUCAGGGGUUUAAUAUUUAUUUACCUAUAUCAAAACACUGGUAAAGUAGUUUAUUCAUGGAAGUACUGCCUGGUCCUUGAUUUUUUUCUAUUAGUGCUUCCUCAAGUAUUGUCCUGCACAAUCCUCUCUGAUUACCUAUGCCUAGUAGUGGUAUGUGUUUCAGUAAUGUGUACCUUGGGAUUUUACAUGAUAUACAACAACAGGAUUUUUUACAAAAAUACAUAUCUUCUAAAUGUCUUCCAGUGUUUCUUAAACACAACGAUUGAAGAGCAGAAUGUGCCAUCUGUUACAAAUUUUCGUGUUUUCAUGAAUUUGCUUACGGCAAUUUGCAUUUUAGCUGUGGACUUUCCUAUCUUUCCAAGGCGGUAUGCUAAAACUGAAACCUAUGGUACUGGCAUAAUGGAUCUUGGUGUGGGAUGUUUUACUUUUGCAAAUGGCCUUAUUUCCCCAGAAGCCAGAUCACAAAAUAAAGAAAAAACAUCUACAUUUCAUACAGUGGAAAAACAAAUUUUUGCAGUGUGGCCAUUAAUUUUUCUUGGACUUGGACGACUUAUCAGUGUAAAAGCUGUAGAUUAUCAUGAACAUGUAUCGGAGUAUGGUGUACACUGGAACUUUUUUUUUACUUUGGCUUUAGUUAGGGUGAUUUCUUCAUCUCUGCUGACUUUUAUUCCGGUUCAAAAAAUCUGGAUUGUGGCUAUAGUCAUUAUUUUCAGCUAUCAAAUAGUUCUCGAAACAACUGAUUUAAAGACUUUCAUCUUGCAGAGCAGUAAUAACAAAGACACCAGACAUGGUUUUCUUAAUGCAAACAGAGAAGGAAUAUUAUCUGCAAUUGGUUAUGUUACAAUUUAUUUGUGUGGAGUUCAAAUUGGUUCUUAUCUUCUAAAGAAAAGGAUAUAUGUGAAAGAAUGGAUAGAAUUACUUGUUAAGUUUACAAUAUUCUCUGUUAUGGCCUUCUUUAGUAUGAUCAUAGUUCAAAUAUAUGUUGAACCCAUUUCCCGCAGAAUGGCAAACUUAACAUUUUGUAUUUGGACAAUUGGCCAGUGCAUGGCUUGGCUUUGCAAAAUAUUUUUAUGUGAUCUGAUUUUAGUGUUUGUUAAGUAUUUGAUACCUGGAAGUUCUGUUCCUAAUACAUGGAAUAUUUGCGAUAAGUAUAGUCAUCAGAAAAAUGCCCCACAUCUAAAAUGCAGGAAAAAAAAAUUCUGUCUAAUUGAAGCAAUUAAUAGGAAUCAAUUGCUGUUUUUCUUUCACUCAAAUAUUAUGACUGGUAUUGUAAAUCUAUUAGUAGAUACUAUUCGCAGCAACAGUUUAUCUGCUCUCAUUGUACUUCUCACGUAUAUGUUUUUAAACUGCCUAAUUUCAUGUAUUUUACAUGUCAGUAAUAUAACUGUUAAAUGGUGGUAAUAGGAUAAUCCAUUUAAAAUGCUCCAGGAGAAAGUUUUCUACUUCCCAGCAGUAACAUGGAACUGGUGAACAUUUGUGAUGCCCAUUUCCUUAUUGUUUUAUUUUCCCAGGAAGAUGCUGAUAGACAUCCAACCCUGAAGCUCAUGUUGCCUGAUUCUCACAGCUAUUGCUGUGUGAUACAGAAGUCACAGUCUCUGCAUCUCUUAAAGUGAAUCAAGACCCUUUUUCUACAUACCUCAGAGUGCCUAUCACAUUGUUGAGUUUUUGGACCAAAAUUUUUCAGGGGACUAAAAAAAUAAACAUUUUCUCCCAUAGUGGCCAUUUGAAGUAUAUCUUCAAAGUGUAAUGAUAAUUACUAUAGUGCAAGACUUAGCACAAUAUCCAUUUUUUCUAAAUUAUCUUACUUUUGAAAUUAACGCCUUAAUACCUUUACAAAGCAGCUAAUGUCCCUGCACCUGCCACUGUUCAUUAGGAGACUGUUUCCUGCUCCAUCUCAAUAGCACCUGUAGCCACCGUGAUACUCAGUGCCAUAGAUUCACAUUCUUGCUGGUAUGGGAACUAAUAGAUACUGAGCAGGAGGCUUCCUCUCCGAACGCACAGCUACAAGCUGUGGGGAACCGGGACAAUGGUGCCUCCGUUGAGGUAUUUAGGCACUGAUCCAAAAAUUUACAAAUAUUACUAUUGUGCACAGUGCUGCACUUUUAGUAUUUUUUUUCAUAAAACUUUACUGGUAAACUUUAAUUUAUGGCUAAAUUAAAUUCCACUUAUUCAAUUUAAGAAUGAAUUAAACUAAAAUGGUUGAAACAGUAUGCAUUAACCCCUUAAGGACGCAGGACGUAAAUGUACGUCCUGGUGAGGUGGUACUUAACGCACCAGGACGUACAUUUACGUCCUGUGCAUAACCGCGGGCAUCGGAGCGAUGCCCGUGUCAUGCGCGGCUGAUCCCGGCUGCUGAUCGCAGCCAGGGACCCGCCGGCAAUGGCCGACGCCCGCGAUCUCGCGGGCGUCCGCCAUUAACCCCCCAGGUGCCGGGAUCAAUACAGAUCCCGGCAUCUGCGGCAGUUUGCGAUUUAAAUGAACGAUCGGAUCGCCCGCAGCGCUGCUGCGGGGAUCCGAUCAUUCAGAACGCCGGACGGAGGUCCCCUCUACUUCCUCCGUCCGGCUCCCGGCGUCUCCUGCUCUGGUCUGUGAUCGAGCAGACCAGAGCAGAAGAUCACCGAAAACACUGAUCUGUUCUAUGUCCUAUACAUAGAACAUAUCAGUAUAAGCAAUCAUGGUAUUGCUAUGAAUAGUCCCCUAUGGGGACUAUUCAAGUGAAAAAAAAAAUGUAAAAGUAAAAAAAAAGUGAAAAAUCCCCUCCCCCAAUAAAAAAGUAAAACGUCCAUUUUUUCCUAUUUUACCCCCAAAAAGCGUAAAAAACAUUUUUUAUAGACAUAUUUGGUAUCGCCGCGUGCGUAAAUGUCCGAACUAUUAAAAUAAAAUGUUAAUGAUCCCGUACGGUGAACGGCGUGAACGAAAAAAAAUAACAAAAAAGUCCAAAAUUCCUACUUUUUUUAAUACAUUUUAUUAAAAAAAAAAAAUUAUAAAAAAUGUAUUAAAAGUUUUUUAUAUGCAAAUGUGGUAUCAAAAAAAAGUACAGAUCAUGGCGCAAAAAAUGAGCCCCCAUACCGCCACUUAUACGGAAAAAUAAAAAAGUUAGAGGUCAUCAAAAUAAAGGGAUUAUAAACGUACUAAUUGUGUUAAAAAGUUUGUGAUUUUUUUUAAGCGCAACAAUAAUAUAAAAGUAUAUAAUAAUGGGUAUCAUUUUAAUCGUAUUGACCCUCAGAAUAAAGAACACAUGUCAUUUUUACCAUAAAUUGUACGGCGUGAAAACAAAACCUUCCAAAAUUAGCAAAAUUGCGUUUUUCGUUUUAAUUUCCCCACAAAAAUAGUGUUUUUUGGUUGCGCCAUACAUUUUAUGAUAUAAUGAGUGAUGUCAUUACAAAGGACAACUGGUCGCGCAAAAAACAAGCCCUCAUACUAUUCUGUGGAUGAAAAUAUAAAAGAGUUAUGAUUUUUAGAAGGCGAGGAGGAAAAAAUGAAAACGUAAAAAUUAAAUAGUCUGAGUUACAUAGUUACAUAGUUAGUACGGUCGAAAAAAGACAUAUGUCCAUCAAGUUCAACCAGGGAAUUAAGGGGUAGGGGUGUGGCGCGAUAUUGGGGAAGGGAUGAGAUUUUAUAUUUCUUCAUAAGCAUUAAUGUUAUUUUGUUCCAGGAAUGUAUCUAAUCCUGUUUUAAAGCUGUUAAUUGUUCCUGCUGUGACCAGUUCCUGAGGUAGACCGUUCCAUAAAUUCACAGUCCUCACGGUAAAGAAGGCCAAAGGCCUUAAGGGGUUAAACAUACGUUAUAAUAUCUUGAUUUCGUUUUUCACCAGAUUGUUCAAAUAAAACGUUCAAUAAAAAAUAUUUUAAGUGGCAAUUACAUUUUUUUCUUCAAGAUUGGUUACAUUUCAGUACAUUAAAUUAUGAAAUACUUUCGUGUUUACAUAGUUGAAUGUGCUGACAACAAAAUCCCAAAAAAAUGAUAAAUGGAAAUCAAAUGUAUCAACCCAUGGAGGUCUGGAUAUGGAGUCACACUCAAAAUCAAAACGGAAAACCACAUUACAGGCUGAUCCAACUUUGAUGUAAUGUCCUUAAGACAAGUCAAAAUGAGGCUCAGUAGUGUGUGACCUCCCUACAAUGCCUGGGCAUGCUUCUGAUGAGGUGGCGGAUGGUCUCUUGGGGAUGUCCUUCCAGACCUGGACUAAAGCAUCCGCAAACUCCUGGACAGUCUGUGGUGCAAUGUAUACUUGGCUUCAGAAGAACCCGGCUCACGGCGCUGAUCGACCAGACAGGUAAGUAAACUUGAAAGAGGAUUUAUUGACCAGAAUGCAACGCGUUUCGCUGCGCAUGCGCAGACUCCUCAGGCAUAACAAGGAGGAUACACAGCAGGUUUAAAUAGGUAAGAUUUAACCAUUUGAAUGACAAACCCACACACAAAGUACAAUUACGUGUACAUGUUGUGGAUAGUCAUGAAGGGUCCGUACAGACGGAGCCCUCAUCACACCACAACAUGCGGUUUACAAAAAGACAUCACAUGUAUAAAAUAUUGAAAAAAUAUUCACAUUUAUAUAAAAUAUUACAAAAUAUUCACGUUAUAUAAAACAAUUAUUUAUUUAAAUGAAAAAAAGAAAGGGAGAGAAAAAAAAGGGGGAAGGGGAGAAUUCUCCCAGGGACUUAACGAAUCAAUAGAAAAUGUCUGAUAACUGUCUGGACAUUUUCUAUUGAUUCUAUUGUAAACAAUCAUUUUUGGUUUAUUUUUUGAUAUCCUUCGAUAAGUUUUUUCCAAUGUAUACAGUACAGACCAAAAGUUUGGACACACCUUCUCAUUCAGAGCUUUCUUUAUUUUCAUGACUAUGAAAAUUGUAGAUUCACACUGAAGGCAUCAAAACUAUGAAUUAACACGUGGAAUUAUAUACACAACAAAAAAGUGUGAAACAACUGAAAAUAUGUCAUAUUCUAGGUUCUUCAAGGUAGCUACCUUUUGCUUUGAUUACUGCUUUGCACACUCUUGGCAUUCUCUUGUUGAGCUUCAAGAGGUAGUCACCUGAAAUGGUUUUCACUUCACAGGUGUGCUGGUGUGGAGUAGGAGGACGUGUGAUGGUGUGGGGAUGGUGACACUGUUGGGGAUUUAUUCAAAAUUGAAUGCAUACUGAACCAGCAUGUCUACCACAGCAUCUUGCAGCGUCAUGCUAUUCCAUCCGGUUUGCUUUUAGUUGGACCAUCAUUUAUUUUUCAACAGGACAAUGACCCCAAACACACCUCCAGGCUGUGUAAGGGCUAUUUGACCAAGAAGGAGAGUGAUGGGGUGCUGCGCCAGAUGACCUGGCCUCCACAGUCACCGGAUCUGAACCCAAUCAAGAUGGUUUGGGGUGAGCUGGACCGCAGAGUGAAGGCAAAAGGGCCAACAAUUGCUAAGUAUCUCUGGGGAACUCCUUCAAGACUGUUGGAAGACCAUUUCAGGUGACUACCUCUUGAAGCUCAUCAAGUG